CUCGCCGAGGUCGGACGUAUGGAAUCUUCAAGUGGAAAUCAGAAAGAAUGUCUCUACAGGACUUGGAAGAUGCCAGUGGCUGUACCAGAACGCAGCUGAUUGAAUGGGAAGGAGUGUAUUUCCCCUGCUACCCCGACAUUGGCAAGAAUCUUAAUAUUCUUCAGCAAAUCCCUGUGCGUGACUCUGACACUUUCCAGUGUGGUUUCCCCAAAUCAGGCUGCCACUGGAUACUGGAAGUGAUGCACAUGGUUUUACAAGGGAAAACUGAAUACUACCCCCUGUCACACUUUCCACUGGCAGGCCUAAGCCAUGAAUACCUGGAAACACAGUUGACGACUCCUAGAAUUCUGGCAGCCCAUCUUCACCAUAGACAUGCUCCCAAGGAUUUGCUCAACAAUGCAAAAGUGAUUUAUAUCAUCAGAAACCCCAAAGAUGUUGCUGUCUCACUGUACAACUUUUGCAAAACUUACCAAUAUGCAAAAUUUAAUGGGGAAUGGAGUGAUUUUCUCCCCAUGUUUUUAUCAGGAAAAGUUAUAUAUGGUAACUGGUGGGAACAUGUUUUAGGGUGGAGAGAAGCGGCUAAAAGUAACCCUAACAUUCUCUUUGUGGCCUAUGAAGACAUGAUACAGAACCUUGAAGUGGAAGCAGGGAGAAUGGCAGAACAUCUCUGCUUACCUCGAAGUAGUCAGUUCUUAAAGGAAGUCGCUGACAAGUGCAACUUUAAAUCAGUGAAAGAUGCCAAGUCACAUACAAGAUAUACAUUAUUUAUGAGAAAAGGUGUUGUGGGAGACUGGAAGAACUAUUUCACUGUGGCCCAAAGUGAAAUGUUUGAUAAAGUACAUGAAGAAUACAUGAAGAAUUCAGAUAUUCAAGUCAAAUUCGAAAUAUAAUUCUCUGAC